UAAAAUAGGAUUUUUGUUCCUCAUCCGCUGGCCCAACCCUCCUCGCCAAGCGAGGAAGAAGGGUAGGCGAGAAGAGAUAUAGAGCUGAGAAAGAGAGAGAAACGAGAGGCGCCGCUAUUUAUGGAGCUAUAAUAAAAAUAGAAAUUAAAUUUUAUUAGCUUGCUCUACACAAGAAGAAGAAACCUCUUCGUUUUCGCUCCACCCAGUUCAAUUCCGCCAGCCAGAGAUAUCCCAUUCGAGAUUUCCGGGAGGAUUCGGAACUCCGGCGGUUGUAGGGCUGGUGGAGGGAAGGGAAAGGAGAUUUGAGAUUUGAGGAGAAUCGGGAGGGGGAUAAGGUACGUAGAGAGAGAUCCUCGGGGAUGGCGUCGGAAGGUCCUUCGGCGCCUGCCGUCCGUCGGGAUCCCUACGAGGUGCUGUGCGUUUCGAGGGAUUCGUCGGAUCAGGAGAUCAAGUCCGCCUACAGGAAGCUUGCUCUCAAAUAUCAUCCAGACAAGAAUGCGAGCAACCCUGAAGCUUCAGAACUUUUCAAAGAAGUUGCAUAUUCCUAUAGCAUCUUAUCGGAUCCAGAGAAAAGAAGGCAAUAUGAUACUGCUGGCUUUGAGGCUUUAGAAAGUGAUGGCAUGGAUAUGGAGAUUGAUUUGUCCAACCUUGGGACUGUCAAUACAAUGUUUGCAGCACUUUUCAGCAAGCUGGGAGUUCCUAUCAAGACUACUGUUUCUGCUACUGUUCUUGAAGAGGCUCUAAAUGGAACUGUGACGGUCAGACCACUUCCUAUUGGAACCUCUGUCAAUGGAAAGGUUGAUAAACAAUGUGCUCAUUUUUUUGGUGUGACAAUUAAUGAUGAACAAUCCCAGGCAGGAAUAGUUAUUAGAGUUACAUCAGCUGCACAAAGUAAAUUCAAGCUUCUUUACUUUGAACAAGAAGCAAAUGGAGGUUAUGGGUUAGCUUUACAGGAGGAUAGUGAGAAGACCGGCAAGACAACAUCUGCUGGAAUGUACUUUUUACAUUUUCAAGUUUACCGUAUGGACUCAACAGUUAAUGCGUUAGCAAUGGCCAAAGAUCCAGAGGCUGCUUUUUUCAAAAGAUUGGAAGGUCUGCAACCUUGUGAAGUGUCUGAAUUGAAACCUGGCACUCACAUAUUUGCAGUUUAUGGUGAUAAUUUUUUUAAACCAGCCACCUAUACCAUUGAGGCUGUGUGUGCAGAAUCAUAUGAAGAUACAACCCAGAAGCUCAAGGAGAUUGAGGCUAAAAUUUUAUCCAAGAGAAAUGACCUCCGCCAGUUUGAAACAGAAUAUAGAAAAGCUUUGGCACGUUUUCAGGAAGUGACUAACAGAUAUAGCGAAGAAAAGCAAUCUGUUGAUGAAUUGUUGAAACAAAGGGACAGUAUCCACUCCUCGUUUACAACUGUACGGACUGUUAUCAGUGUCAGUGGAAGUGCUAGUGGCAGCAGCAAACAUUCCAAUGAAGAGAUCAGGUCUGAGAGCCCAGCAGAGGAUGUAAGUGUUGAUGGGAAAGAUAAAUCCAACAAAAAGAAAUGGUUUAAUCUCAAUCUUAACCGCUCCGAUAAGAAGGCUUGAACAUUUGUGCUCCAGCAUGACAUGGAAGAGAUUAAGGUGUUCGUACAGUAGGAAGAUGAUGUCACCUUUUCAUUAUCUGCUCAUAUAUGUAACAUUGCCCUGCCAAAGUCUCAAAGUUUUCAUGUGUCAGUUCUCAAUUAUUUUCUCUGGCCUCUGCUAGUAUCUUGAGUUUUGCUGUCAUAUAUUGUUUGGUGGCCAGCGUAUUUGUUUGUCAUCAUUGAAUUCAGCUCCCAAUUGAAUUAUUCGCUGAAUGCAUAUCUAGCAAGUUAAUGAGAGGGUUUGAUCAUUUGGUUUUGUGAAAAACUUUAUAGAAUACAAAAUAUCAGGUGUUGUAACCCAUUGAGAGAGGGAGCAAGGGUGGCUAUGGGGCCUAAUUUACAAACCAGUCAGAGGUGGAGUUGAGCGGUUAUAUGCCUGUAUUGGAUUGUAGUCUCAUGCUCUUCUCGUUGAGAGGACUGGAUCAUGAAA